AUGCCGAUUUGCAUCGAAUGUCGACAUCCCGUCAAGACGCUAUGGACUCAAUACUCUGGCGCUGGUGACAAGUCCAGCGGGCACAAUAUUAGAUUGACCGUCUGUCGCAACUGCGGUCGAUUCUGUGACAAGUAUGUGGAGCAUGACUUUGUCGUUCUCUUCAUAGAUCUGGUUUUGAUCAAGCCACAAGUCUAUAGGCACCUCCUCCAUAACACCUUGAUGCGAGACGGCGAUCGAUUCGAUACAGUGCCAACUAUGGUUCCUGGUGGGAGUAAUCUAGGCAGACUCGCGCAACAACCUAUUGUGGUACAAUAUCUUUUCUUCCUGAUCCUAUGUGCCUUAUCGACGCUGGCCUUCCAUCUAAGCAUCCGGUUCCUUACUUGCUCACUAUUUUCGCCUCUAAAUGCAUUUGGCGGUAUGCCGCGACACGCGCGGCCAAACUCAGUAUCAACCGCGCUUCUAGUAUCCUCAUCAACAAAGUUGUUUCCUAUCUUAAUGGUUAUAUGGGAGUACGAUGUUCCAGCUGCAGCUAGAUCACUAGGCUGGGCUGUAGUUGCAAAUAAUGUGGAGGCACUACGAAUCUUAUUAGACUGCAAAUAUUACACUGCUUGCAUUCUUGCAAUAGCCGGCGCAGCGUCUAGAUGGGCUGUGGGAAGACUGGUAUUGACCGCGGCUGGCCUUGGGGAUGUAGACUCCAUCGGCGAAAGUAGUGUCGCUGCGGACGGGAAAGCUCUCUGGGCUUUGGUGAUGUUGGCAAGAGACUGGGCUGGUCGAUUAGCUGUAGGUUGA